GUGGAAGCCUAGUCCCGCUUUGCUAAAGCCUUGGCGCUCGGGCUGUGCAAUCACUAGUGGGAGCUGGAGAGGGCAAGCGGAAAAAAAAAAUCUGCAGCGCCUGAGAGAACCCGGGUGGUGGUGGGGGGGAGAAACACCAGCAGCAGCUGACCCAACUUUGUGGCGUGGAGGCUGGAGGCGCAGGGGGAGCAGCGGCGGCACUGAGCGGCGUGCAGCGGGGCGCGCGGCGUCUGCUCUCCGGCCCGGGGCGCGCGGACCAAGCUGCAGCGGCGGGGGCGGCCUGGCAGCCGCUGCUGCCCACUCCUGGCUGAGGUCAGAAUGCAGCAGUAACUGCGUUGGAUCUCUCAUGGGAUUUUUGGGAGUCCUGCUGUUCCUCUACCCCAUGGUAUUGCAAGUUGCCCAUUAAAAGAAAUUUCUUCUCCGUUUUGACCUUCCUCACAUCCACGUUACCAAUUUCAGGGUGGAGUUCAUUUCUUUUGUUCCUGGGAGCUGAAUAGGAGAAAGGGACAUUUUAGGUUAACUUGAUAAAGGUCACCCAGCAGGGAAUGUUCUUGUUUUGUUUAAAGCACAGAAGUGACAAGAAGAUUUCUUGAACAUUGGGAAUUCUGCAGGCUUGCUGGCAGACUGGUCUGAGGAUCUGACAGAGGCGAAGCACAGGACUAUCAUUGAAAUAAGAAAAGAAAAAGAAACAGAAGAACACAGGCAAAUCAGAAUCACUACUCUCCUGCGGCAAUGGGUUGGCUGGAAGAAUCAAACUGGCAGCUUCACAUUUCCUUGAUCGUGCUACUUUCCAUGCACACCAAGGCCAAUGGUCUAGACAAACCGUAUUUGCGGAGUUCUGGACAGUUGAACUUGGAGAACAGAAAGGAAGAUGGUGAAAGUACGGCACCUGCUCCUCCCCAGAAGCCACUGCAGUGUCACUGCAAUCACCACUGUCCAGAGGAUUCGGUCGACAGCACCUGCAGGACUGAUGGCUACUGUUUCACCAUGGUAGAAGAAGAUGAAUUUGGAGGACGUACAAUUGCUUCAGGAUGCCUAGGCUUAGAAGGCUCAGACUUCCAAUGCCGGGAUACACCCAUAAUACAUCACAGAAGAACUAUUGCAUGCUGCACAGACGAAGAUUUCUGUAAUGAAAACCUUCACCCUACGCUGCCACCACUAAAAAAUAGAGAUUUUGUUGAAGGAAACAUUCACCAUAAGGCCUUGCUGAUCUCAGUGACCGUUUGCAGUAUACUCCUGGUACUUAUCAUCAUAUUCUGUUACUUCAGGCAUAAAAGGCAAGAAACCAGACCUCGUUACAGCAUUGGACUUGAACAGGAUGAGACUUACAUUCCUCCAGGGGAAUCCCUGAAAGACUUGAUUGAACAGUCUCAGAGCUCAGGAAGUGGGUCUGGGCUCCCUCUGCUGGUCCAAAGGACUAUAGCAAAGCAGAUUCAGAUGGUGAAACAGAUAGGUAAAGGUCGCUAUGGAGAAGUUUGGAUGGGAAAGUGGCGUGGAGAAAAGGUAGCUGUAAAAGUGUUCUUCACCACUGAGGAGGCCAGCUGGUUCAGAGAGACAGAAAUCUAUCAGACUGUCCUGAUGAGGCAUGAAAACAUUUUGGGGUUCAUUGCUGCGGACAUUAAAGGUACAGGGUCUUGGACCCAACUGUAUCUUAUCACAGACUACCAUGAGAAUGGCUCCCUGUAUGAUUAUCUGAAAUCCACUACCUUAGAUUCAAAAGCCAUGCUAAAACUGGCCUAUUCCUCUGUUAGUGGUUUGUGCCACUUGCACACUGAGAUCUUCAGUACUCAAGGCAAACCAGCUAUUGCCCACCGCGAUCUGAAAAGUAAGAACAUUCUAGUGAAAAAGAAUGGAACCUGCUGUAUAGCAGACCUGGGCUUGGCAGUUAAAUUUAUUAGUGAUACAAAUGAGGUGGACAUACCACCAAACACCCGGGUAGGAACAAAGCGCUAUAUGCCUCCUGAGGUGCUGGAUGAAAGCUUGAAUAGGAAUCACUUCCAGUCAUAUAUCAUGGCCGAUAUGUACAGUUUUGGACUUAUCCUUUGGGAGGUAGCAAGGAGAUGUGUGUCAGGAGGAAUAGUUGAAGAAUACCAGCUUCCAUAUCAUGAUCUUGUGCCCACUGACCCUUCCUAUGAGGACAUGCGGGAGAUUGUGUGCAUCAAGAAGCUCCGUCCCUCAUUCCCCAAUAGAUGGAGCAGUGAUGAGUGCCUAAGACAAAUGGGAAAACUCAUGACAGAGUGUUGGGCUCACAACCCUGCUUCUAGGCUCACAGCCCUGAGAGUAAAGAAAACACUUGCCAAAAUGUCAGAGUCACAGGACAUUAAACUUUGAUUCAACUCAACAAAUGAAAUGACUUUUCCUUGUGGUCAGAGGACAUGAAGAGGAAUCAGAAGGAAGCCCUCACCUUCACUAAUUUCAGAGCAACUGUAAAUUUUUUGUUUAAAGUAACAUCUUUUGAGGAGAGCAGCCUGAAGACUUGUUU